AUGGCAGGCCUCGACCUUGGCACCGCCGCGACGCGCUACGUGCACCAGUUCCACCACCUCCACCCGGACCUCCAGCUGCAGCAGAACAGCUACGCCAAGCAGCAGCAUGAGCCCGCCGACGACGACCACAACGGCAACGGCAACGGCGGCAACUACGGCGCCCAGUACGGCGAGAACAACGACGGCGGUUCCUCAUCCUCCGGCCCCGCCGGUGAUGGCGCGGGUGGCGGUGGCGGGGGCGGGCCUGGGGACAUGGUGGCGCGCCGGCCACGGGGGCGCCCCCCGGGAUCGAAGAACAAGCCCAAGCCGCCGGUGAUCAUCACGCGGGAGAGCGCCAACACGCUGCGCGCCCACAUCCUGGAGGUCGGGAGCGGCUGCGACGUGUUUGAGUGCAUCUCCACGUACGCGUGCCGGCGGCAGCGCGGCGUGUGCGUGCUGAGCGGCAGCGGCAUCGUGACCAACGUGACCCUGCGGCAGCCGUCGGCCCCCGCGGGCGCCGUCGUGACCCUGCACGGCAGGUUCGAGAUCCUGUCGCUCUCGGGCUCCUUCCUGCCCCCGCCGGCUCCUCCUGGCGCCACCAGCCUCACCAUAUUCCUCGCCGGGGGGCAGGGGCAGGUCGUAGGCGGCAACGUCGUGGGCGCGCUCUACGCCGCGGGCCCGGUCAUCGUCAUCGCGGCGUCCUUCGCUAACGUCGCCUACGAGCGCCUCCCGCUGGAGGACGAGGAGGCGCCGCCUGCAACGGCAGGCAUGCAGAUGCAGCAGCCCGGCGACGCCGAGGCCGCGGCCGCGGCCGGCAUGGGCGGCGUCCCGUUCCCUCCCGACCCGUCGGCUGCCGGUCUGCCCUUCUUCAACCAGCUGCCUCUCAACAACAUGACCGGCGGUCCCGGCUCGCAGCUCCCGCCCGGUGCCGACGGCCACGGCUGGGCCGGCGGACGGUCACAGUUCUGA